GUGCCGCCAAUGUCGAACGCAGGUAGCACCGCACCAAGACCAAGGGCGCAGGCCCACUCGUCUUGGUUUGCGUGGCGUGCUCGUUUUGAAUCUCCGUGUGGGUGCAGCAGGUUUGGAGGUGCUGGAAGUCUGCAGUGCCAGUGCACACACGAUCCGCGUCCCGGAUCGCUUAACUCGGGGCUCGCACGAGGCGAGGAACGAGGGUUGGUACAUGAUGCCCCUAGGCACUGCUGGACAGGACUCAGACAUCGAACGGCAGGCUAACAUGACAUGUGACAUCAAUCCACGCGUGCGCGGUCUUCUUCAGGAUGCUUGCGAGUUCGGAUUACUGGGGUCUCGCGCGAACCAGGAGGUCCUGGACCUCUGCGCUUCGGAGCUGCUGGAAGCCUUCGGCCUCGGAAGCGAUCCGAGUGAAGAGAUGGACUCGGAGCAGCAAACCCCCACCUGCUUUGGUAUCAUGCGUGGCCUGGGCUCCCAAUUUGGCUACGCCAACAACACCCGCCGGGUCUGUUGGGAGACUCCAAACAUAAAUUUGACUUCGGUGAGCUGCGAGGUGUUGAACAGCAUUGCUUGGGAACUCAUGGUGCUCGCCUUGCGGCACCUGGCUCUCUGCAGUGGCUUGUUCGGGGAUGUGACGGAAGGGACUCACGAGGCCAUGGCGGAUGAGGUUCUCCAGCUUGCGGAGGCCCUCCUCUCGAAGGAGCUGGAGCUGCAAGACGCUGCACCUACAGGUUUGCUGAUGGGUGACAAGCUGAGGCACCUCCGUGCGGACUUGGUACAGCCUCUUCAAACACAGGGCCACACACGUCAAGUCGUGUCCAGAUUGCUGGCCUUCAGCCGCAAAGCUUUUGAACACUCCAACUGGAUGGUCUGGCGGGACACUCACUUCCUCUGGCUUCAAGAUUCUCUUCGCGAGGGCCGCGUGGUCCACACCGCCUGGGGACCGUCUGAACGCUGGGAGGAACUGGGUGCCAACGACGCACAUGCUGCGCACUCCCUCCUUGGAGGUAUGUCAAGGGCGCCAGCGUAUGGAUUCGUGAACGAGGGCAGCCAGCGUCAGGACAUCCUGCAGAAUCUGCUGAACAAACUUCACCAAAGCCGUGGAGGUGAGCAGAUCCAUGUUGUCGAGAUUGGUGUCUUCAAAGGAAGUUUGUCCAAGUUUCUGCUGGAGAAGCUUCCGUUUGUGACUCUGCUCGGCAUUGACCCGUACGUUGGGACGGAUGGAACGUUUCCUGGAGACUUCUCAGAGACGAUGGAUCCAGACUUUGCUCUUUCACAGGCCGCUGCCAUCUACGAGAACUUCAAAGAUCGAGCCCAACUUCUGCCGGUCACAUCCGAUGUAGCAGCCAGGAGCAUUCCUGACGGCAGCAUAGAUGCCAUCUUUGUGGACGGCUGCCAUCUCUAUGAGUGCGUCGACUCGGACCUGCACAUCUGGCUACCAAAGCUAUCUGGUGCAGGAGCACUCGUUGCUGGACAUGACUUUUCACCGCAGUGGCCAGGAGUUGUUCGUGCCGUGCAUGAACACCGACGGGACGGACAUCGGGUGUUUCUCGGAAUGGACUGGACGUUCUGGUGGCAGCCCAACUGCAAAGUGGUCCCGGGAGCACCGAAUGCGGAAUGGGCUCUGCGCCAAGAGCCUUUUUUUGCGAUCGAAGCGGGCCUGGCGCCUGGGUCCGAGGUUGACAUCUACAACCGACUCUAUCGAGAAAGAAUUAUUUUCAUUGGCAAGGAAAUCGAUGACAAGUUGGCAAAUGAGGUCAUUGGAGUUUUGCUGUAUUUGGAUUCCGAGGACAACAACAAGCCCAUAUACUUGUACAUCAAUAGCGCCGGCGGAUCUGUGAUUGCUGGCCUGUCCAUCUACGACACUAUGCAGCAUAUCAAGUCCCCUGUGAUUACAAUCAAUGUUGGCCUUGCAGCAUCCAUGGCCUCUUUCCUGCUCGCAGCGGGCGAGAAGGGCAAACGUAUUGCGCUGCCUCACAGUCGGAUCAUGAUCCACCAAGCGAUGGGUGGAGCACAAGGCCAAGCAGAGGACAUCAAGGUCGAAGCACAGCAGAUUCUGCAAAUUCACGAGAACAUCGUGAGGAUGUAUUCCCGUGUGACGGGCAAAGACCAGGAUACAAUCAGAGCAGACCUCAUGCGGGACAACUUCAUGUCGGCAGAACAGGCAAAGGACUACGGCCUCAUUGAUCAGGUGAUCCAGCUUUCGGAUGCCUCCGACCUGAAGGCUGUAGCGGAGAAAGUCUCCGAAGCCGGGGAAGCCCCGAAGGAAUCUGCGGCUCCGCCAUCCCCACCGCCCGAGGUCCCAGACAAGCCGGAGGAUGGGAAUGAGGACGAGGUGAAGACCCUCAUGUGA